UUAACAUCAUAAUUUCAUUCCUUGAUCCUAAUCUCAAUAUUUCUUCAAUCCCUCUUCAAAAACGUCUCAAUCAUGGCCGGAGGAAGAUCAAAGUCUAAGGCUUCCAAGAAGAAAAGCACCGUCGAACCCUUGACCUCUACGCCUCAACCGUUCCCCUACCUGGAUGGAUCAUUUCUUGAGUUCGGGUCGGAGGAAGAACUCACACGCUUCCUCACUCACUUUGCCAAGCGCCCGAUAUCUCCACCUCGCGUGCUCCCCGAGUUGUUUCCCCAAGACAAAGGGUACCACGACCUCGACAACCAACUCCAAGCGUCGGGUUUGUGGCCAUUCGUCUCCAAGAGCCGCUCGAGCUUCAAUCCCGCCUUUGUCCGGGCUUUCUAUUCCAAUCUCCGCCGUGACGGGGACACCAUUCGCAGCAGCAUCAAUCUCUACGACAUAGAGAUUGAUUUGCCCACCUUCGCUCGGGUCGCAGGGCUGCCCAUCCGCGGUGACGACAUCGCAACCUAUGGUGGCGACGAUUGGAUCCUCAACAACGAGGCGGUCGUCAUUCGUGAGCUUGGGAUCACCCGCUUGAUCCGCCACAGCGGCGCACCGACGAUUCACUCGGCCCCACCGGACAAGCGCCUCCUCCUCUACAUCAUCACCCGGAUUCUCCGCCCCCGGGACAGCAGCCAUACCUCGCUCUUCAACGAAGACUUGAAGGCGAUUCAUGCAAUCAUCCACGGCGCCUCCAUCAACUGGGCGAAAUUCGUGAUGAUCCACAUGGCGGAUUGCGCCUCCAUCGCUACUGAGCGGAGCUUGCCAUACGCCUUCCUCGUCAUGGACCUCAUCAUCUCCGCCGACAUCUCCAUCGCCGGCCCGGAUACGAAGAUGACAAAGAUUUGGAUCAUCCAAGACAGCACCUUCCGGAAGAAGUCCGGUGACGAAACCGGCGCUGGACCGAGUCGUGCCCGUGCCCCUGCCCCUGCCCCUGCCUCCGCUCCCGCCAAGGCCUCUCUGCAAUCCAUAGCCGAUACUCUGAAUCGGCUAACCCUCACAGUAGACGGCAUGGGGCAGUCAAUCGAGCGGAUGGACUGGACGCUGCAACGCCAACACCACGACAUGACGGCGUUCUUUCGCGGCGUCAACUACGUCCCGCCGCCCUUUGACAGCACCUUCCUCGGCCAAAACUAUGAAGGCGAAGACGAGGAGGAUAACUCCUAUGCACCAUCCUCCUCCCCCGACGAGGCCGAUUUUGAGGACGCGGUCGACAGGGAUCCCAUGGACGUUGAGGACGACGAAGAAGACGAUGACGCCGAGGACGAGGACGCCGCUGCCUAAACUCUUCUUUCUUUUCCUUCCUUCCUAUGAUUAUUUUUUUAAUUAUUUCCAUUCCGUUGUAUUCCGCAUCUUCUCCUUUUUCAUGAAUAAAAGUUUACUUUUUAC